CACAACAUACCGGUGCGACUACGACUACUCGUAGCGAUCACGAGUCGUACCGUACGGUACCAUACACGACGGGUUCCAAGGAAAAUUAGGAUCGGAAUUUUGAGACUUUUUUGUGUUGCCGUGUGUAAGUGCGUUAGCCAGUGGAGCUCUUGAUUGAUUGGAAUCGAAACACGCAUCACCUUCAUCAAUUUUUUUUUUUUCCAUCACCGAGGAAGGGAUCCAGCAAACAAAGAACAACAUGGACGAGAACCUCAGCGAGAGCGAGAGCAGGGGCAGAAGCACCGAAACCGACUCCAAACCCGAUAGCACGAACCCACUGGUGGUGGACUGCGCGAUCAUCGGCGCGGGGGCCGCGGGACUCCGGUGUGCCUCCCGCCUGCUUGGCGAAACGGGCAACGACACCGGCCUCUCGGUAGUCGUCCUGGAGGCGAGGGACCGGAUCGGGGGGAGGAUCCUGACCACCGCCGAAGCGUCCGCUGGCGGUUCCUUUUUCAGAGACCACGGUGCCGCCUGGGUGCACGGGGCCCACCCGGACAACCCGAUGGUCCGGCUCCUCGCCGACGCCGGCGCCGAGACCGACUCCGAGACCGAGCCGACGCCAUCGGAACCAAAGGGGGAAGAGGGCCCGGGGCUGCUGCCGGUGCUCCAACCGGUGUUCGACGGAAACGCGUGGGUGCGGCCCCACACGGUGCUACACGGCGGGGGCGGGCGGACGAAACCCGCGAUAUCCUAUUUCGUGGACGGAACCCUCGUCGUGCCGGGUGGCGGCGAUGGCAACGACGGCGACGGCGAAACGGACCGGGAGCACCCCACCGGAGCCGAGCCACUGGUGGCGGAAGGAUCGUCCCGGUCGUUGUGUCCUACGUCGCGUUCCAUACGGAGGCACUACCGCAUCCUCCGGACCAUGGUUUCCGGGUGCGAGAACGGCGAAUUCGACGAGACCGACUGCGUCGACGAGCGGUACCGCCAGCUGAGCGGCUCCCCGGGGCCGGGAGACGAGGAGGACCGACUGGUCGGCCUCCUGGCGCCCUUUUAUCUCUACCUGGUGGAAAACUGGAACGGGAUAUCCAUGACGGAGACGCAGUUGGGGGAGAUCGUGGAGAUGCUGGUUCCCGGGAACGACGACGGCGGCAGCAGCACGGAGGAGACCCCCGAGGAGAAACUCGACGACCCUGCGCAGCGGCAGACGCCACCGUGCCACCACCAAGGCACGGUCGAGACCGACGAGCGCUACGUGUGCGUCGGCGAUUUCGCCGGCCCCCACUGCAAGGUCGAGACCGGAAUGGCGACCGUCCUGGACCCCCUGCUGCGGAGCCUAGGGGACGGGGUCCUCCGGCGGAACCGGAAAGUCGUCUCCGUUACGGACAAAGAGGACCGCGUCCGGAUCGAAACCGAAGGGGGGGAAACCUUCGAGGCGGGCGUCUGUGUCAGCACCCUGCCGCUGGGGUGCCUGCAGGAGCACCUGCGCAGGCCGCAAGGGGAGCCGGGGUUUUUCCGGCCGCCGCUCUCCCGCGCCAAGGAAGAGGCGGUCUCCUCCCUGUGGUCCGGGUCCUACAAGAAGGUCUUCCUGACCUUUGACCGCGUCUUCUGGCCGGUGGAUCCCCCGAUGAUCGGCCUCGUCCGGAGCACGCCACCGGAAACGGGCGCGAAAGACCCGCUCCCGGGCAGGCACCUCGUCCUGUACAACCUGUGGGCGGGCAGGGGCAUCCCGAGCGUCGAGGCGAUCCUGUGCGGGGACCUGGGCAAGUGGGCCUUUGGCAGGACCGACGAAGCCAUCCGGGACGCGGUCCUGGGCUUUCUGGCGGCGGCCAUGGGAAUCCCGGGCGCCGACCUCUCGUCCUCCUGCAUGGGCUGCCACGUCACACGGUGGGAGGAAGACCCCUUCACGAGGGGGUCGUACUCGAGCGUGUGCCUGGACACCUCGGACAAGCACCUCUCCGAGCUCUCCGCUCCCGAGUGGGGCGGCCGGUUGCUCUUUGCGGGCGAGGCGACCGAGCCGGACCACAUGGGGAGCGUCCACGCGGCCCUGAUGAGCGGGGACCGGGUGGCGGCGGAGGUCCUGGCGGCCGUUCGGCACCGCUGCAGCAGCAACGACCGAGACGUUCCUACGACGCGGUGCUGAGAAAGGAUGGAUGGGUGGAUGGGUGGGUGGAUGGAUUCAUUCGUUCGUUUGCCAUUGACCGGCGCUGCCUGAUUCGCUCACGGCAUUCUGGUAGCAUUGGAAAGUAUUUGCUAUCUAACAAAUGUAGAAUGCGCAGCAACGAACGAGAAUAAUCACACAACAAACGCAACCCGUUGUGUUAUUAUUUGGUACCAUCGGAUUGUGUUUCACUCGCGUAAUAGUAAAUGCAAAUCGAAUCA